AUGUCCAAACCCACGAUCGGCUUCGUCGGCCUAGGAGCCAUGGGCUUCGGCAUGGCCACCAACCUCCGAUUCCAGUCUCAGGGAGGAAUUCCGGCCUCAUCACUUCGGGAGUCGGCAGAGGGCAAGGACUUUUACAUUUGCAUGGUCGCGUCGGCGCCGCAGGCCCAGUCUGUUCUUUUUGGAGAUGACGGCGUUGUACAGUACCUCCCAAAGAAUGCUACUCUUCUCCUCUGCUCCACAGUCCCCGCUUCCUAUGCGCAGUCCGUAGCGGCAGAGCUGCAGUCCCGCGGCCGAGCGGAUAUCCGCUUCAUCGAUUGCCCUGUUUCUGGAGGUGCCAAGCGCGCCGCUGACGGAACCUUGUCCAUCAUGGCUGGUGCGUCGGAGGAGGCGCUGAACAGCGGUCGUGAGAUUCUGCAGGUGAUGUCUGAUACGAACAAGCUGUACCUUGUCCCCGGCGGCGUCGGGCCGGUGCUGGCGGGGAUCCAUAUCCUGGGCGCCAGUGAGGCGAUGGGGUUUGCGGCGCAGUUGGGGCUCGAUGCGAAGACGACCGCUGAGAAGAUCAUUGGUUCGGAGGCCUGGACGUGGAUGCAUGAGAACCGGCUACAGCGCAUGGUGGAGGAGGACUGGAAUCCCGGUGCCAGUGCGCUGACGAUUAUUCUCAAGGAUGUGGGUAUUAUCACGACUUCUGCCCGCCAGCACCACUUCCCCACGCCUCUCUGCUCGACUGCCGAACAAGUCUACCUCUCGGCGCUGCUGCAGGGCUACGGCCCCAAAGACGACUCCGCCAUGGUCCGCCAGUACUAUCCGAAACCCCUCGCCGAGGUGACCUGCACCGCGGAGGAUCCCUCCGCUGCCCUCCAGCUCGUCCUCGAUCUGAUGCUGGGAGUCAACCUCGUGGCAGCCGCAGAAGCUAUUGCGUUUGCGCGGUAUCUAAACGUUGAUCUCGCCAUGUUCCACCGACUAGUCAGCGACGCGGCCGGCGCAAGCAAAGUGUUUAUCGACAAGGGAUUGGAGAUGAUCGAGGGAAGAAUUGGCGACAAUGCGCCGGAAGGGUCGCAGACGCUCGAUGAAGCCGUAGCACAGAUGGAGAAGGUGGUGCAGAAGGCGAGGGAUCUGCAUUGCCCGCUGCAUCUGGGGAAUGCGGCGCUGGAGAAGUUGCUGGUGGCAAGGAGACACGGACUCGGAGGGGAAGCGAGCACCAGCGUGAUCAAGAUGUUUGGCCAGUAA